UUUAGUACUACUACCUCAAGCAUACUUUGAAGCAACACUGCUCCAAGAAGAAGUGAACUCUCCCUGUAAGAUUGGCUCCACCUCAGGGCUUUGUCGUCAUUUCCGAUAUCCUGGACUGACUGAAAAGAGUGACAUUGUGAAGGGAGAGGCUGCUUAUGUUGCAGUGGGAGACCAGAGAACUAAAGCUAAGAUGUUUACCGAAGAGGCUGUUCUUACUGAGCUUGGAACUGGUCCUAUGGCAUGGCUAAAUAAAGAUCAAAUGUCUCUGAAGCUCGACUUGCAAAUCAAUAGACCUGGCCGACACAUUUUAGUAAUCUUGUAUCACACCCCCGAAGGCGGAGAGACAACAAAUUUGAUGGUUGAUGUGGCAACGGAAAAUCAGAUGGAUAAAGGACGAGCGAUUCUGUACGAUUGUUCAUAUUCAUUUGUUUGUAGACAAGCGGUUAUUGACCGUAUGGGAAAACUUGCAGUGUUUGACUUUGACUCAAACUAUGCCAGUGUUACAUUAGAGAUGGAUAGGAAUGAUGGGUCAAACAUUGCAAUUGACAGUAUUGUGGCCAUACCUCUGGAAGAGUGGGAAAUAGACUAUACCAUUCCACAGUCACAGUGUGUGAAACAGGAUGGGAAGUGUAUGGAAUCUCAUUUUCCACUGUCUGUAGAAGCAACAAAGGUUGAGUUUGAAAGUGGACAGAAUGAAAACAGAAUAGCUACAGAACUCCCAUCAACACUGGGAGAUCAACAAGUGAAACUUAUCUAUCUUGAUCAUGAUGAUCCAAUGGUAGAUAUCCAUGGUUCAGUUCCUGCAGCUGGUUCAUAUGUAAUAGUGGUACAUUACUACCAGCCUGACCACCCUGCCUAUGAUAUGAAGGUACUGAUACAGAAUGGGCAGUUCUAUGAAGCUAUACUACCUGUCAUGCACUGUCCUAGUGUUUCUGGCUGUCGUAGCGUGGUGAAGGAAGUGAACACCAACUCUGAUAUUUUUUCAAUCCUGGAGAAUUUUGUACUCACCUUGAAAGAACCAGACCAUAAGGGCAUUUGGGUGGACUAUGUUCUAGCAAUCCCAGCAGACCAGUUUGAUGAGAACCUCCUGCAUCCUAUCAAACAAGAACAAGCAGGAAGAUUUGUAACGGAGUGUAAUAAGGACCACUUCUCUAUUUCUCCUGACGUACAAGGAUUCUGUCGAGAUGCAGUUUACUCACUGACGGCAGAAUACAACAAUGGAGCAUUACCUUGCCAGUGUGAUAUUGACGGAUCACUGAGCUUCGAAUGUGAGGAGUUUGGUGGUCAGUGUAAGUGUAAGCCAAAUGUGAUUGGACGAACAUGUGCUCAGUGCCGUACUGGCUACUUUGGAUUUCCCGACUGCCAGCCUUGUGAUUGUCCAUCGACAGCGGUUUGUCAUCCAGUAACUGGCCAAUGUAUAUGUCCACCCAGAGUAACAGGAGAAAGGUGUGACAGUUGUGAAUCCUACACAUAUGGGUUUGAUGCCAUAAUUGGGUGUGAGGUAAAGUGUAAAUCAAAUGUUGUUGGACGUAAAUGUGAUCGUUGCAAGCCAGGCUAUUGGGGAUUUCCCAAUUGUAGGCUUUGUAACUGUGACCUACGAGGAACAACUGAAAAUAUCUGUGAUCAACGAACUGCAGAAUGUUUCUGUAAGGAGAAUGUGUAUGGCCAUUUCUGUGAACAGUGUAAACCUGGAACUUUCCAUCUUGAAGAGAAUAAUCCACUGGGUUGCACAAAAUGUUUCUGUUUUGGAGCUACAGACCGUUGCAGCAGUGCAUAUAUAUUCAGAUCUAAGGUUGUGAGCAUGAAUGGCUGGAAGGGAGUAGGCCUAGUGAUUGACAACCAAGUGGGGAAGGCCGAUCUUGGUGUUCAGAUUGAAGAAUCUGGUUCAACAGUUAGAGCAUAUAUACCUGAAGAACUUCCCACUGGUUCUUUAUUUUACUUUAAAGCUCCAUCUACUUAUCUCGGGAAUAUGGUAAGUUAAUGUUUUCUC